UCAGCAGAGCAGGACCACGCGUCUGGCUUUGUUGGUUCUGUUGGUGGGUUGCACUGAUGCGCUGCUGCGUCGUCUGGGUCCUACAUCUUCACGCUGCUUCAUUUUACAGUUUUCUGAAGGACUUCGUGACCAAAUCGACUUACCACCGCUAAGUUUCCCUUCAAAUCGCCCAUAACCAAACGGUGUCUCUCACGGUGGCUGCGGGCAUUUGAAUCCACAACUUUCAGCACGAUCUGCGCAGACUGGUCCGAUUACAAGCAGGGUGCUGGAAUCUCCUUGCUGUUGCCAUGAGUGCUUGCAGCAGAAAGGCUCUGACAUUGUUGAGCAGUGUCUUUGCAAUCAGUGGCCUUGGGCUCCUGGGAGUUUCAGUCAGCACCGACUACUGGUUGUACCUGGAGGAGGGAGUGAUUAUGCCUCUGAACCAGAGCACUGACAUCAAGACCUCACUGCAUUCUGGACUGUGGAGAGUCUGCUUCCUGGCUGGUGACGAGUCUGGUCGCUGCUUCACCAUCGAGUACAUCAUGCCAAUGAACGUCCAGCUGACGUCAGAGUCCACAGUAAACGUGCUCAAGAUGAUCCGCUCAGCCACUCCGUUCCCUCUGGUCAGCCUCUUCUUCAUGUUCAUCGGCUUUGUCCUCAACAACAUCGGGCACGUUCGGCCACACCGCACUAUCCUGGCGUUCGUCUCUGGAAUCUUCUUCAUCCUCUCAGGUCUAGCUUUGGUGGUGGGACUGGUGCUGUACAUCUCCAGUAUAAAUGAUGAAAUGUUGAACAGGACUAAAAGCAGCGAGGCCUAUUUUGCAUACAAGUACGGCUGGUCCUUCGCCUUCGCUGCCAUCUCCUUCCUACUCACCGAGAGUGCGGGCGUCAUGUCCGUCUACCUGUUCAUGAAGCGCUACACAGCAGAAGAGAUCUACCAGCCUCAUCGCCCCAGUUUCUACCGUCCUCGUCUCAGCAACUGCUCUGACCACUCGGGCCAGUUCCUCCACCCAGAGGCCUGGUCGCGAGGGCGGAGUCCCUCUGACAUCUCGAGUGACGCUUCGCUCCAGAUGAGCACUAGCUACCCUGCUCUCCUCAAAUGCCCCGAAUACGAUCAGGUCUCCUCGUCACCCUGCUGAGGAUUCAGUCAUCACAGGUUACACAGAUUUAGGAAGAUCACAUGAGGUCAAACAGCCAGGUGGGGGCACUUUUCAUUCAAGGAAAAGAUUCAACAUAGAUAUAAAUUGUGAGUUUGAUGUUUUUCAGGGACUGUGGCCCAAGGACUUGAUGUCGAUUAAGCCGGUUGUGUUUUUAUAAGGUCAGAAAUGUUUAUUGGGGAUUUCUUGUAGCAGAAACUACAUCAUUUGUAGAUGGAGGCACAGUGUAAGGUUUUAGAAAAAAAUGAGCACAGUUAUUGUUUUAGUGUUUCUGCAAAGAUCUCAAAAGGUUUAAAAUAAAAAACAUUUUUGCCAGAUGGUAUACUGUACAGUAGAUUAUUAUAUGAGUUUCAUCUGAAAAGGAAAACGUUCUGUAUUUCAGUUAAAAAUGUAACGGUGCAUUUUCCCUUCCAGUGCCUCAUUCAGCAGCAGUUUCUUUUUGUGAAUAUCUUUGCAUCCUCUCUUUGAAAUAAAUAGAUGUUCCUGAUACAGCAAAACUCUAUUAAAUCUAAGGUAACAAUUGUCUUAUAAUGUGGAUUUGGACUAGAGAAGCUACUACAAACAGGGUUCU